AUGGUGGCAUUUUACUACUCAAAUGAAAAAGGACAACAAAACUUCGCACGGAACCAAAAUCAUCUCUCGAAAACAUCUUCACUUGGCGCCCUUCUUGGCAGCAGCCUUGGUGACCUUGGCACCCGAGGCAUCCUUCUUCUCGACACUUUUGAUGACACCAACAGCAACAGUCUGCCUCAUGUCACGAACAGCAAAACGGCCAAGAGGCGGGUACUCGGAAAAGGUCUCGACCACCAUAGGCUUUGUGGGAAUCAUCUUCACAAACCCAGCAUCUCCAUUCUUCAAGAACUUGGGCUCCUUCUCGAGCUCCUUACCCGAUCGCCUGUCAAUCUUGGUCACGAGCUCAGCAAACUUGACAGCAAUGUGGGAAGUGUGGCAGUCGAGCACCGCCACAUAACCACGCUUGAGAUCCUUCACAGCAACAUUCUUCACAUUGAACCCAACAUUGUCACCUGGGAGAGCUUCCUGCAUAGCCUCAUGAUGCAUCUCGACCGAUUUAACUUCAGUGGUCAGACCAGAUGGGCCGAAAGUCACCACCAUUCCAGGCUUCAGUAUACCUGUCUCCACACGACCAACAGGCACAGUUCCAAUACCACCAAUCUUGUACACAUCCUGAAGAGGGAGACGAAGGGGCUUGUCUGA